AUGGCAGCCGGACGAAGCGCAGCACUCAAGCUCGACUGGGCUAAAAUAACCCAAUCCCUCGGUCUCCGUGGCCAAACCUCCGCCUCCCUCCAAGCCUUCAAGAAGCGCAACGAAGACGCGCGCCGCCGCGUGCAGCAGCUCUCCGAACAGCCCUCCAAGGUCGACUUCGCGCACUACCGCUCGACCCUCAAGAACCAAGCCGUCGUUGAUGAAAUCGAGAAGCACUUCAGCACCUUCAAGCCAGCGACUUAUGAUGUUAACAGGCAGGUGAAGGCCAUCGAGGCUUUUGAGGCGCAGGCUGUCAAGGAUGCUGUUGAGACCGUGGGGCGCGUUGAGUUGGAGUUGAAGGAUUUGGAGAAGACGUUGAAGAACAUUGAGAGCGCGAGACCGUUUGAGGAUCUCACCGUGGAUGAAAUUGCUGCUGCUGAGCCUCAAAUUGAUGAGAAGACCAACCAACUCGUUUCCAAGGGACGCUGGAUGGUACCUGGCUACAAGGAGAAAUUCGGCGACCUCUCGAUCCUGUAG